AUGUCUGCUUCCGAGCCCACCGAGCCCAAGGUCGAGGAGACCAAGCCCGAGGAGACCAAGCCUGAGGAGACCAAGCCCGCUGAGGCUGAGAAGCCUGUGACAUCUUCGUCCGUCUUCUCUAUGUUCGGUGGUGGUGCUAAGAAGGAGAAGAAGGAGGAGGAGGAGCGUGGUGACAACUCUGGCAGUGCCAAGGCCCAGCGAGAGGCUGCUGAGGCUGCUAAGGGUGACGAGGAGGAGGCUCCCGAGUCCGAGGAUGUCCACUUCGAGCCCGUUAUUAAGCUGACCGAGAAGGUUGACACCAAGACCAACGAGGAGGCCGAGGAGCAGACCUUCAAGAUGCGCGCCAAGCUUUUCAAGUUCGUCAAGGAGAGCAGCGAGUGGAAGGAGCGUGGCACUGGCGACGUUCGUCUGCUCAAGCACAAGGAGAACGGCAAAACCCGACUGGUUAUGCGCCGCGACAAGACCCUCAAGGUCUGCGCCAACCACUACAUCGUCCCCGAGAUGAAGCUCUCCCCCAACGUUGGCUCCGACCGAAGCUGGGUGUGGAACGCUGCCGCCGAUGUCAGCGAGGGUGAGCCCGAGGCUGUUACUCUGGCUAUCCGAUUUGCCAACGCUGAGAACGCCAACAACUUCAAGGACUCUUUCAUGAAGGCCCAGAAGGAGAACGAGGAAAUCUUCAACAAGGCUCAGGAGGCCGAGGCUCCCGCCUCCUAA